GAGUACAGUCAUUUCGCUGGUGUAAGUUUUACACGCACUUAGUACUAAUACGCGUGUAGUUGUAUUGUGGAUUUGUAAACACAGCCAGCGAAACCGACGAAGGGUUUGUUUAUUUUGGCUGCAUUGAACUUCAGUGAGAGCUAUUUGAAUCAGAAUCUUUUGAUCAGUAACUUAAACGCCUUAAAGUACCUACUUUGUGAAAGCAGAGCCGAAGUGUACUCUCACCAUGGGCGUAGGGCAGUCUCUGGGGCUGCCCCCGGGUUCAGGACCCCAUCAAGUGGGCUGCACUGACGUCAUGGCAGACCACACCAGAGAGGGGAGUUUUUUCCGCCUGUACUACCCCUGCAAGCCAGAAGAGGGCGUGGAGGAGCAGCCCCUGUGGAUCCCCAAGUCUGAGUAUGUUGUGGGGCUGGCAGACUACAUGAGCCUCAACAAGAGAUGGUGUGUCCCCCUGCUGAACCUUGUAUUCGGAUCGUUCCGGGUGCCUGUCAGCUGGAACGCUCCUCUGAUUCCCGGACGCAGAUUCCCGCUCAUCAUCUUCUCCCACGGCCUGGGAGCUUUCCGAACUCUGUACUCUGCAGUGUGUCUGGCGAUGGCUUCACACGGCUUCCUGGUGGCUGCAGUGGAGCACAGAGACCAGUCAGCCUGUGCCACCUACCAUUACCAGAAGGGACCCCCAGAGUCUCCCCACGGCACCCUGCACGAGGAGUGGGUUUAUUACCGCAGACUGGAGCAGGGAGAGAAGGAAUUCAAACUGCGGAACUGCCAGGUUCACCAGCGAGUGGAGGAGUGUGUGCGGGCCCUGGACCUCCUGAGUGACAUUAACAGUGGGAAGAGCAUCCCUGAUACCCUGCAGUGUCGCUUCGACAUGGCCAGCCUCAAGGACUGCAUGGAUCUGCAGCAGGUGGGGGUGAUGGGACACUCGUUCGGGGGAGCCACCUCUCUGGUAGCCCUUGUCAAGGAUACCCGGUUCAGGUGUGCCGUCGCUCUGGAUGCCUGGAUGUUCCCCAUCGAGAAUGAGCUGUACCCCCAGGUGAGGCGGCCAGUCUUCUUCAUCAACACCGAGAGCUUCCAGACCACAGACAGCGUGGGCAAGAUGAGCCGCCUGCUGGCAGCCUGCAGCCCCAGCCGGAUCAUCACAGUGCUCGGGACGGUGCAUAAGAACCACACUGACUUUGCAUUCCUGACGGGGGCGCUGCUGAGCAGAUUUAUCGAGACCAGGGGCAGGCUAGAGGCCGAGAAGGCCCUGGAGAUCACCACCAGGGCGGCGCUAGCGUUCCUGCACAGACACCUGGAUCUGGAAGCCGACUUUGACCGGUGGGAUGCCCUGGUUGAAGGCAAAGGGGAUGAUGAUGUCAUUCCUAAUGCCCCUUCCUGCCUGAGCAGCCUAUGAGGGAUUGUGAUUCUUGUGAUUCCCCGUUCCCAUUGGUCGCACUUGAAAGGACAGUCCCCAGCCUGUCUGCAUCACAGGCAGCCCUUGUUUCUGUGUGGCGAGUCAGCGCCCUCCCUCCACCUCAUGAAGACACACAGAAUUUGCAGUGAAAGGAUGCCACAGUCUUGAGAUCAGUCCUGCUCAGAUUUACAAUGGAACACAGUUCUUUGGUGAAUGUUUGCCACAUCAUCUGGCUUUCCAUGCAAAGAAAGAAAGACGGUAUUUAGUGUAGCUUCAGGGACACAAGCUUCCUCCCCGUUGAACUGUGUGAGUCUGUGGCACCUGAUAGGACAUGAGUGGCUGACUAAGAGUUAAACCCACAGACCCGCGACAGUCAUUGUACAACCUGCAGAAUAAAACUGAUCUGUAAGAUCACUGUGUGGGUGAUGUGUGCACCCUUCAUACGUCGACAGGGUCAUAAUUCAAGUUGCAAAUUAUAUCAUUUUAAAUGAA